UGGAGUUUGCAUGUUCUCCCCGUGCCUGCGUGAGUUACCUCCGGGCACUCCGGUUUCCUCCCACGUUCCAAAAAUGUGCAACAUUCACUGGACACUCUACAUUGCCCCUAAGUACGAUUAUGAGUGCGGCUGUUUGUCUCCAUGUGGCCUGCGAUUGGCUGGCAACCAGUUCAGGGUGUACCCUGCCUCCUGCCUGUUGACAGCUGGGACAGGCUCCAGCGCUCCCCGCGACCCUCGUGAGGGUAAGUGGUGAAGAAAAUUGAUGGAGUGUUAUUUUUCCCAAUACUCAUUACAAUGUUCUUUUUUCCAAAGGGAAAAGAUGAUUUGCGACAACAAAGCAAAGUCGUAUCUCAAGGCACUACUUUGCUUUUCUCAAAAGCGGAUUUUAUUUUUAAGUAAAAACCCAAAUAUAAUGCACAUUGCAUACGCACACAUUUGAUGGAAAGCUUGAGGUGCCUUUGUGCUGCAGUGUCCCAACAACGCUGAAUCACUUGUCAAAUGCGAAAAGCAACAUUGAUUAUGGCUGGUUUAUGCUGAUUUGCGAGCGAGAGGAUGACCGUCUGUACCGCCUGCUUGGGUGUGGAGAAAAGCACAUUAGCAUGUAUGACCCACUCUGUUUUCAUCUGACUCAAGAUAGAAGGUCCGAACAAACAGCGAGUGUCCUUGAAUAGAAUAGAAAAUUAGGAUUGUGACCGUAUUGUUGGGCUUCACCAAAGUCUGUCAAGACUUGGCUAUUACCAGGAAUGUGAUCCAUGUUAGAGUCAUGAAAACUUCUUAAAUUGAAUUGUUUGCACCCGUGUUUUUAUGAAUUACCAACGUCCACCAGCUGCUUCUAAUUAGUAAGUUAGCAAGCUUUUUUUUUUUUCCGAACAACAGCACAAACUCAAGGGAACCACCAGUCAGCAAGGAAACGUGCACAAAUUUUAAAGAGAAAAAUGUUUUUGUACACAAAACUGUUCGUAAAGAUCAGUGUCGCAUUUAAGGUAGCCUGUAAAAAUAAAAGGUGUUUUGACUUAUUUUCAUUAUGAGCGGUUUGUUCGAGAUUCACCGCAGCUCGACUGUCCGGUCCCAUAAAAGGGUCCCUAAAGUUGAAGAGACCAAAAAGUGGAAGGAUGACUACAUUCCUUACCCACGGAUAGAAGAGGUCCUGGAGAAAGGCGGCCCGUAUCCCCAGGUGAUCUUGCCGCAGUUUGGUGGCUAUUGGAUCGAGGAUGUAGAGGCACCAGCUGGGACACCAUCCUCUUCAGAGUCCAGUUUCUGUGAAGAGGAUGACGAAGGAGAAGGUAUGAGUCCUGGUGAAGAACACAGCUACCGUCUGGAGUGCAGCAGCACAGCCCGGGCCUACCGCAAGCACUUUCUGGGCAAGGAGCACAUGAACUACUACUGCACGGGCAGCAGCAUAGGAAAUCUCAUCAUGUCCUUAAAGCAUGAAGAGGUUGAAGGGCAAGAAUUACUCCGCAUCAUGCUCAGAUCAAGGACCAAAACAGUCCAUGAUAGGAUAUCCUUAGUAGGCAUUAACCAGCUUCCCAGUGUACCUCAGAUUGCAAAACUUCUGUGUGACGAUGCCACUGGAUUGAAGUUCAACCCGGCGCUUUACCCUCGGGGAUCGCAGUUGAUCGUCGCUUAUGAUGAGCAUGAAGUCAACAACACCUUCAAAUUUGGAGUGAUCUACCAAAAGUUUGGACAGACAACAGAGGAAGAGCUGUUUGGAAACAAUGAAGAAACUCCAGCUUUCAAGGAGUUUCUCAGUGUCCUGGGUGACAACAUUGAACUGCAGGAUUUUAAGGGAUUUCGUGGCGGGCUGGACGUGUCCCAUGGGCAGACAGGUGUUGAAUCUGUCUACACUCUUUUCAGACAAAGGGAAAUUAUGUUCCAUGUAUCAACCAAGCUUCCUUUCACUGAUGGUGAUGUUCAGCAGCUUCAGAGGAAAAGGCACAUAGGAAAUGACAUUGUGGCAGCAGUUUUCCAAGAAGAGUCUACGCCCUUUGUCCCUGACAUUAUUGCCUCCAACUUUCUGCACGCUUAUGUGCUGGUUCAGGUUGAAAAUGCAUGUACGGACAACACAACAUACAAGGUGUCUGUCACCGCAAGAGAAGAUGUACCUCCCUUUGGACCCCCACUCCCAAACCCAGCUGUCUUUAGAAAGGGCCCUGAGUUCCGAAACUUCCUGUUGACAAAGCUGAUUAAUGCGGAAACCGCUUGCUACAAAUCCGACAAGUUCGCCAAACUUGAGGGUCGAACGCGAGCUGCGUUGCUCGACAACCUCCACGAUGAACUGCACAGACAAAGUCAGGCCGCUCUGGGUCUCAGCCAAGCUGAAGAGGAGGACAAGCUGGAGAAUGGGGGACAUGGUGGUCUUCUGGAGUCAUUCAAGCGGGCCAUGCGUGUGAGGAGUCACUCGAUGGAGACUGUGGUGGGCUCCAAUCGCCUUAGGAGCCCCGGUGGUGGAGGGGGGGUGCCAGCCAGUUUAAGUGGUGGCGUAAUGCCACAGAGCUCCAGUGAAUGUACGAAGAGCACCUACAAUCCUCCGGCAUUGUCAGCUAAAUCUUCCCUAAAGAGCCCGGUGAAAAGGCGAUCGGGACUCUUCCCUCGUCUCCACUCGAGCGUUGAAACGCCGGCCGAUAAAUGCACUCGAAGUGACCAAAAGGCUACAGAAAUCUGCCCACUGUCCCAGGAAGUGAGGUCAGAGACAUUAUCCAAUCCCAGCUCUCCUGAGAUCUGCCCUAACAAAGAAAGACCUUUCAUGAAACUGAAGGACAGCGCGGGCAGCAGGCCAAACAUCUCUCGGUCUUCAUCAAGCACCAGCAGCUUCAGCAGCAUUACAGGGGAUCCUGAAGCUUUGGAAGACCUAGAAACAGUUAGCCAUCCCUCCAUAGCAUCGUCCUCUGCCUUUAGUCCUUCGAUCAGCAUUGAUAGCCCAGUGUCAGGAACUCCCAUCAUAAUGUGCCGCAGUUCCACAGAUGGGAAAAAUAAGACAUCACCGAGGUCCAACUUGAAGUUCAAAUUUGACAAAAUGAGCCACUCAUCCACAAAUUCGGAGUAAUCGGAUGACCAAACUUAAGCGGGCCGGGCCUGAACGGAGCUCGGCAAAGUCCAAUGACGCUUUCAAAACCAAAUUAUUGUAGAACCACACUUCCCUAAGCCAUGGAUGAUCGGCCACGACUAGCAAGGGCACCAUAGUCCCCCUAAAAAAACUUCUAAUACUGUGAGUGUACAGUAGGGAACCAUUUUUGAGGGGUUCUUUUUGACAGCACUUUUGGCAAAGAGAAAGUAGUUCAUAUUUUAACAAUGUUUGGUGCAAUUAUGCGGUAAAUUGUGCAUAUCACAUUAACAAACCCUGGCCACGCUGAAAUACUGUGAGUGUUGGGGGAGCUAGACUCGGUCCAAAGUUUUCACCAAUUAUAGUCUCUGUAAGCUUAACACUGUACCCUUGUUGAAUAGUAAAAUGAGCAAAAAGGCUUAUUAAAGGUUUUAGUUUUUAGCUUGUCGGCUGCUGGCCAGUUAGGAGGUCCAGGCGUUCUCCGUGUUGCUAAAUUGUGUGGGAACAGAUCCACUUAAAAUAAAAACAUACGUUCAGUAGUGACGUAUCGGAGGUCUAAUGUGUAUUAGUGUAAGAUUUGAGUUGUGUGUAUUAAAUUGUUCUUUUUUUUUUUUUUUUUUAUUCCAGAAUUUUUGUUACCUUGCUAGCUGCUGCUCUAUGAAUGCUGCUGGAAUUCAGUCAACCCGCGUUAAUAGCAUUUCUUGUUUGUCAGGACGUCAAAUUUCUGAAUUCAUGCGCUUAGUUCACCAAAAAAAAUAAUGCGCAGUACAUGAUACUGCAUAAACAUUUCCGCGAGAGUUUUUUUCUCCAGUCAUAGCUACGUGUUACUUUCAUUGUGUGCCAUGAUGAAAAUCUAACAACCUCAUUUUAAAAAAAAAUAACAGAUUUUGCACAUCAGUAUAUUUAAAUGGAAAAAUAUUUAAUCGUCUGAUACAUCCCUUUGAGGCUUCCAUCCAUUUUCUGAACCACUUAUGUCGGAUAAUAUGUUUUCCUGUCAUGACUUGAAAAAGGCUGAAUGAACCUUUAAACCAGUUUUGGCAAAAACACACUGAAUGUGAAGUUGAAGGGGUUUUUUUUUUCUUGUUGUUUGAAGUCCACUAGAUGUGCAAUGCAAAGGUAGUCGCUUACAUGCACAACAAAGUAAGACUAGUUUAAAGUUCUGCAUGAAGGGACAUCAAUUUGACAAAAGGAAGUGAGGAAAAAGAAAAUCCAUACCUCUUGUCACCAAAGUGAAUCCACCCUUUGUCAGGUUCUUUUCUUGUUCUAACUUUUUGGAGGAAUGUUCUUUUGACAUAAUGAAUUUUCAGGAAUCAUUUUUAUUCAUGUAUGACUGAAGAGGGAGUUGGUGUCCUGAGCAAUUACCUUGAGGAAAGAAAAUAAGGAAAAAUAAAGAUGUUUAUAAAUAGUAUUGUCGUUUAAUUUGCAGCAGCCUAAAUGCCUUGCAGCCUUUUCACUGUUAAUAUACUUAAUUUAUUAAAUGAUUUUUUUUAGCAUUGUAAAAAAAAGAAAGGUACACAAGCAAAUAAAAUAAAUGAGAAGAAAUAUAUGAAUUUUAAAGUUGUCUAUAUUAUGUAAAUUGUUAUUUCGUUACGUAAUGUGCCGCUGGAAAUUUAUUCAAAUAAAAUGUAUUUUGUGUCA